AUGCCCCGGGGGAGGCGCGGAGGCCGCGUGAGCGCCCUGGAGGGCGGCCCGGAGGAAGAAGCGCCCCCGGCGGCGGCCGCUGUGCCCUCGGCGCUGUGGGCGUCCGGGCUACAGCCGGAGGCGGCGGCCGGGCAGACUCUGCUGCGGGGCAUCUUCGAGAUCGGGAGGAGCAGCUGCGACGUGGUGUUGAGCGAGCUGGCCCUGAGGUGGUGGCCCAUCCAGCCCGAGCGACCCGCGGGUGACUCCAAAUAUGAUCAAUGUAAAGAAGAAUUUAUUGAAGUCAAGGACAUAUUCUCUGUCAAACUGAAAAGACGUUAUUCUGCUAAGCAGCAGGGAAAUGGUACUUUACUAGGUAUCACACUCUUCAUUUGCUUGAAAAAGGAACAAAAUAAACUAAAAGAGUCUACACUUGAUCUUAUUAAUUUAAGUGAAGACCACUGUGAUGUAUGGUUUAAACAAUUCAAGAAAAUUUUGGCAGGUUUUUCUAAUAGACCAAAGUCAUUAAAAGUAAUUCUCAACCCCCAGAGCCACAAAAAAGAAGCUACUCAGGUCUAUUAUGAGAAGGUUGAACCACUAUUGAGGAUUGCAGGAAUAAAGACUGAUGUUACAAUAACAGAGUACGAAGGGCACGCUCUGGCACUGCUGAAGGAUUGUGAACUCCAGGAAUUUGAUGGUGUCGUCUGUGUUGGUGGCGAUGGAUCUGCCAGUGAAGUUGCCCAUGCUUUGCUUCUCAGAGCCCAGAAGAUUGCUGGGAAGGAAACAGACAGCCUCCUUACCCCUGUCCGAGCACAGCUGCCACUCGGCUUAAUACCAGCAGGCUCUACUAACGUACUCGCACAUUCUCUUCAUGGAAUCCCUCAUGUGGUAACUGCAACUUUGCACAUUAUAAUGGGGCACAUACAACCAGUUGAUGUCUGCACUUUUAGCACCACUGGCAAGCUUCUUCGCUUUGGGUUCUCUGCCAUGUUUGGCUUUGGUGGAAGAGCUUUGGCCCUUGCAGAAAAAAAUCGAUGGAUGUCACCCAACCAACGAAGGGAUUUUGCGGUCAUGAAGGCACUGGCAAAACUCAAGCCUGAAGACUGUGAAAUAUCCUUUUUACCAUGUAUCGGCUCUCACGAUUUACAAGAAUGGAAGGCAGAAGGAUCUCCCAAAUCUGACAGUAGUGAUCAGUGGCAGACCGUCCAGGGUCAGUUCUUGAAUGUCAGCAUUAUGGCAAUCCCUUGCCUGUGUUCGGUGGCACCUAGAGGCUUGGCACCUACUACCAGAUUAAAUAAUGGAAGCAUGGCUCUCAUCGUUGUACGGAACACUUCUCGACCAGAAUUUAUAAAACACCUAAAAAGAUACGCCAGUGUUAAAAAUCAGUUCAACUUUCCAUUUGUUGAGACUUACACUGUUGGAGAAGUAAGAGUUCGUCUGAGGAACAAAAGUGGAUGUGAUCCGGAGGAGGAUGACAGACGGCAGGCAGCUGCUUCAGAGCACAGUUUCCCUUGGAACAUAGAUGGUGACUUAGUGGAAGCUGAAUCAGAGGUUCUGGUCAAAUUACACCCAAGACUUAUCAGUCUUUAUGGAGGAAGCAUGGAAGAAAUGAAUGAUUCCAAAGUAACAUGUAAUUGUUUAUAAAAGAAAU